UAAAAAAAAAUAUUAAUCUCGGCCAAAUUGACUAAUAUCAGGACGUAAAUUUGAGAAAAAGCAAUUUGGGUUAUAGGUUUUGACCCUAAAAACGCGGACACGUCCUGACUUCUCGCCGACCUUCGUUAUGAAAGCGUGAAGUCGGAUAUAUUAACCCAGGCAAGGCCGUUCUCGAACCAUGUUGGGCCUGUGGGGUUUUAUGGGUUUAAAUGAGUAUUUAGCUCUCAUUACCAAACAGYCUCAAACAACGAUCAAUGUAUUGCUUUGCUUAGUGCUGAAUAUUCCUCUGGGAUUGAUUUAUCACAAACUUCUCCACCCAAAAAGAACCCCCCCUGCCAUCCGUCACCUUGUUGGUUUACUUUUAGGAUUGUGGAUUGGAUGGAUAUGUAUUGAUAGGGGGGUUUACAUAUUGAUUGCAAUAACUUCAAUGUGUUAUGURUUGAACUACAACAUUCAUCCAACAAAAGUCCACAAAGUCAUCUUUGUUGUAUCAUUUGGCAUUGUUAUAGUGGCUCAAACAAUUCGUAUGCUACAGAGCUAUGGAGAAAAUAUUUUUGAUUAUACAGGGCGACUUAUGGUACUCGUUCAAAAAUUCACAUUUGUUGCAUUUUGCUUUCACGAUGGUGUGAGAAGAGACGCAAAGGACUUGAAUGAUUGGCAGCAAGCACAAUGCAUCAAGAUAUUCCCAAAUCCACUGGAAUAUUUUGGAUACAUGUUUCACUUCAGCUCUUUUCUCGUCGGACCGUCUUACACAUAUCGCGAAUACAUCGACUUCAUUGAAGGAAAAGACRCGCAAAGAGCUCUCGCAGACCCCAAGGGGAAUUAUCGUGAACCCGCUCCAAUUAAUGGUCUUACGAAAAGAACACUGCCUCUUAUAUUUUCCAUGCUUGGAACUGCGUUUUUGGGUCCCACAUUCCCACUCGCGAGAAACGGAGAUCCAACUUUUAUCGCGAAUACCCCAUUUUUCUCACGAUGCCUGUAUGCUUGGGUAAGCAUGUUCAUCGCAAGGCUGAAGUACUACACGGCUUUUCUACUCGGUGAGAUGGCUGUCAUUAGCUGUGGAAUGGGAUUCAGCGGCUUUGACGAGAAAGGCAAUGAAUUGUGGGAAAAUGCAAGUCUGAUCAAUUGCUACAACGUAGAGUUCCCGACCUCCCUUAAAAUGGUUGUUGAGGGCUGGAACAUUAUGGCUGUCAUUAGCUGUGGAAUGGGAUUCAGCGGCUUUGACGAGAAAGGCAAUGAAUUGUGGGAAAGUGCAAGUCUGAUCAAUUGCUACAACGUAGAGUUCCCGACCUCCCUUAAAAUGGUUGUUGAGGGCUGGAACAUUGCAACGUCUAAAUGGUUACGAAGAAUAGUCCACGAGCGAGUUCCUUCACAGAAGGGUGCUUUGACGGUAACAGCGUCUGUACUGUGGCAUGGCUUGUAUCCUGGMUAUUUCUUGAUUGGCACCUCGUGCUUCCUUUGUCAUGAAUUUUCAAAAGCUGUAAGACGCACUUAUGGUCACGUGUACCUAGACUUGUCUCCAAUUGGUCAGAAGUGUCUGUCGAUAUUGCUGAUAUUUGUUAACUCUGUGUUGCUYACUUAUUGCAUCAUUCCAUUUCCUCUGCUUCGAUUUGACCUUGGAAUCCAAUUUUGGAGGUCAAUGUAUUUUUUUGGCCAUAUCGUGUGUGGUCUGGGACUAGUUUUUUUACGACUGCGCAAAAUGUCAAAGGCUAAACGUGAAGAUCCCGUUGAACUGCAAAAAGAAGCACGUAUUCGUGAUACCGUCGACAUGGAAUUCGUAAAGAAAACCCAUUUGCAAAAAUCUCAUUUCUUCAAGGGAAGUUGAUAUUCAUAAACCACAAUAAAAAUAGUCUCCUCUCGCAGCCGUUAC